AUGACCAUCGAGCUUGAAGAGCCUCCAUUAACCGAUAACUUGCAGGUCUACAAGGACCUUUUCGGAGGAACCGUUGGUGGUAUUGCCCAGGUGCUUGUCGGUCAACCCUUUGACACUGUUAAGGUGAGGUUGCAAUCUGCGCCAGAUGGAACCUAUAAGGGUGCUGGAGAUGUCAUCAAGAAGCUCAUGGCCAACGAAGGCCCAAAGGGCUUCUACAAAGGAACUUUAACACCACUUGUUGGUGUCGGUGCCUGUGUCUCCGUUCAAUUUUCUGUUAAUGAAUUCAUGAAAAGAUACUAUGACGAGAAGUUGCAGGGUCGUGAAUUGUCACUCUUGCAAUUUUUCAACUGUGGUGCCGUUGCUGGUUUUGCUAACGGCUUCUUGGCCGGUCCAAUUGAGCACAUUCGUAUCAGAUUGCAAACCCAGACUGGCAACAACAAGCAGUUCAAUGGGCCUAUCGAUUGUUUGAAGAAGCUCACUAAGCUGAGCGGAAUCCAGGGUGUGUUCAAGGGCUUGGUCCCCACUUUGACUAGAGAGUCGAUUGGCUUGGGUAUUUAUUUUGCAACCUACGAAGCGUUGAUUGCAAGAGAGUUGAAGAGUAAGACAUACCUUGCAAGAGCCGACAUCCCAGCAUGGAAGCUUUGUAUGCUCGGUGGUUUGUCUGGUUAUGCAUUGUGGACGUCGAUCUACCCAGUGGAUGUGUUGAAGUCUAAGUUGCAAACAGACUCCUUGUCGAAGCCUGUUUAUUCCGGUUCAAUCAGUGUUGCCAGAGACAUUUUCAAGAAGGCUGGUAUCAAAGGAUUCUACAAAGGUUUUGUUCCUACCAUAUUGAGAGCUGCUCCAGCCAAUGGUGCCACAUUUGCAGCUUUCGAAGUUACGAUGAGAAUGAUCAAUUGA